GUCUCUUCUCAGGUUUCCUUGACCUCACCUGCCCUGACUUCGCGUUUUGCGGGCCGUGUUAGUUGUGUCCCUCCGUGGCUCCGGUAGAGCGUCUCUUCCGGUAGAGCGUCUCAGCAGCUGAGCGGUGUUAACGUGUUAGCUGGUUCUGUGAAGGUCGUGAGUCCAAACCGUGAUCCAUCAUGUCUCUGCAAAAGCCUGUGAUGAGGGGGCUGCUGGGAAAGCGUCUGAGGUUUCACUUGCCCAUCGCUUUCGCUCUGUCCUUCGUGGCUGCAGUCGCUUUCAAGUACGGAGUGACGGAGCCCAGGAAACAGGCCUACGCUGACUUCUACAAGCAGUACGACGCCGCCAAAGAGUUCAACGCCAUGAAGGAAGCCGGCGUCUUUGAGAGCGUGCAGCCCUCCGGGGAGUAAAACCACUCUCUUCUUCCCGACAGUCAUUCCUGGUUUGAGGAUGAAGCUCCUUCGUGUCCUCUUGGAUGUUAUUUACUGAUUUAGAUGUGAACAUCGCUGUGCUGUUUUGUUCCUCUAAAUAAAAUAUUCUAUUAAUGUAAAA